AUGAUAGACGAAACCCUUGGGACUGAGUUUGUUUCCAAUAACGAAGAGGAGCCGGUCGUGCUCCUCCAGAAAAUUGAAAUUAACAAGAUAGCUUUACUUUUUUCCGCUGGUUGGUGCCCUCCUAGUGAGAAGUUCAUUGAGAAGCUCACUGAGUUCUAUAAUGAGGUCAACAAGGAAAGCAAGAAAUUCGAAAUCAUCUAUGUCAGUGCUGAUAGAGACCAAGAGCAAUUCAAUGAACACUUUGCUAAGAUGCCAUGGGUUGCAAUUCCUUUUGACGACACUGAAAGAAUCGAGAGGUUAGAAGAUCUGUGCGAGCCUGAAAUGAUCCCUAAACUAUGCUUCCUGACUAGAAACGCCUCUGAGGUCACAGUUGAUAAUGCCAGGGAGAUUAUAGAGAAAGCGGAAGAUUUCGCCCAAGCUAUGGAGGAAUUAGGGCUUAACUAA